GACAUCUUCGUUCUGUCGAAAUCCGAGCUACGAGCUACGAUGAGCUUUGGCUUGUACAGACUGCCUAAGAACUCAUCAUAUCUGCCACAUGACGUCAUAAUAUGCACGUCAUAAGACGCGAAUGGAUGGAAAAGACGUCAGAGUGCGUGAAAGGCUGGGAGAAUUCCACAGCUCCUUGCAGGACUUUCCGAUAAACGAUGCUCUGUCUGACGCACUGCGAUCUAAUAACCACGGUAGGUUGAUCCUGUAUUUGAAGCUUGUUUGCCGAAUGAAUCUCGAAUAAGUCCGCCUAUCUCCCGAGGCCAAGUCAUUUGAUUAUUAUCGUCGUAUGAACCAAAGCAGGAUGGCAUAUUAACGAACAGAAAAAUCAAGAGGUGCGCGACGGCAAUUGAAUCAUUCCGUGUUUGUUCAGUUUCUGUGAGGAAAGACGAAGAUUCGAAUGAUCUGUCAGCUAAGAAGAAGAGAGACGCGUUUAAAACACACGAGACGAGAUUAAAAAAUAAAAUGAAUGAAUUCUAUCUCAUCUGCAUUACGCUUGCAUUACAAAUCUGUAUAAUUCCCAGUCUGGCUGUGCCGGAACUAAAAUUGGUGCAUGUAUUGUUCGCACAUAAAUUGCACGCGCCAAAGAAAAACAACGCGAAAAAUGAUCCGGAAAUAAGCAUCCCGCAAAACUUAUCAUACGAAUACUUCACUUCCGCUGCGACGGACAUGUCGAAAAACGCGAAGCUCAACAUGUACAAUUUCGGUGUGCAUUUGCGCAAGAUCUACGGAGACUUUUUAGGCGAUCUAUAUUUUUCCGACAUUAUGAAAAUGCGCACGACGGAGUACACCUUGUCAAUGUUAUCGGCCCAGCUUGUUAACGCCGGUUUGUGGCCUCCCUCGAAUAGUCAAACGUGGAUGGAAGGUUUCAACUGGCAGCCGAUACCAUCCGAUUACUUGGAAUUAGAGGACGACACGUUACUGCUGGGUUCUCUGUGUCCAAAUUUUGUUUCACAGAUGGACGAAAUAUUGCGAAGGAAUGAAACUCGAAAGAUGAUGGCGCAGUAUCAACCUCUCUUCGACCAUCUUUCUGAAUACACCAAGAGGGAAAUCAAUACACCGUCGGAUGUGGCUGUCUUGUAUGCGAUUUUAGAAACGAUGGCUGACCAAAGUGAAAUAUUACCGAAUUGGGCGAUGGACGUGUUUCCCGAUGGUGCAAUGUACAAUGUGUCCUUGCUGGAAUAUGAUCUACUCUCGGAGACUCUUCUGCAGAGGCAGCUUAACGGUGGAAUUCUCUUAGAAGAAAUUAUCGGCAACUCGUUGAAGUACUCAAUGGGCGAUAUAUCGAAAAAACGAAAACUAAUGCUGUACAGCGGCGACGAAAGAAAUAUCGUCGGAGUUCUAAAAAGUCUCGAUCUUUGGUCGCCUCACAUUCCCAACGAAGCAGCCGCAUUGAUCUUUGAAUUGUACUUUGACAACGAUAUCAACUUAUACGGAAUGAAGAUCAAUUAUUACACUGGUAUCGAUGACAAGACGAUCUCUCUGUCACUGCCGAAUUGUACAGAGAUUUGCCCGUUGCAGACUUUAAUAGACAUUGCUUUCGUUACGAUACCGCAGAAUCCGCAAUCUUUAUGCGGAUGGUCCGUGAGAAAUCCCGCAGAAACGGAAGAUCAGUUAAACAGAAGUGAGGAAUCCAAUUCUACGAAUCAUAAUCUCAGCAAGAAUCUAAUAUUUAUUUUAAUAUUAUUAAAUCUUAAGUUUGGCAACUUUUAAUUCUUUAAACAGCCACGUGUACAGUGGAAACAUUUUAUUUAAUGACUAAAAUAAUGGAUGAAACAUUUUAUUGCUCUAAAUGUUGAGAAAAGCGCGAAACAUAUUCAAGAUUUGUUAAAAAAUGUUAUUAUAAUACUUGUUAUAAUACCAAUAUAAAUAC